UCUGCGGCUAUGCGCAAUAUAUGCAUUUAUCUAAAUACAAUUAAAAUCCCGCAUAAAUUAUUUGCUUUUUGAAACUACUACACAUGAAAAAAUGCAUGUGAAUCAUGGUGCACCCUCAUUUCGCUCAUCAUGGCUUGCUUUGUCUUCAUCUGAAAUCAGUCGGGAAAUUUCGUGCUUCAACAGACAAAAUAACUAAAACUGUUAAAUAAAUAAGGAAUUGAUUAAUAAAAACGCAAAUGUUGGUAAAAUUGAAAAGUGGGAAUGUGAUAAAACUCAUUGAAAUAAACACAGUUACCAGAGCGAAAGAUGAGCUUGAUUUCAUUUGUUCAAAAUUCGGCAUUGCGUACAAUAUCACAAUAAAAUUUCUGGACCGGGAUAAAGUUCCAAUAGAGGAAGGCCAAAUAGUAUCUACAAUUAAGCAGUUUGGAAGUUGCUCCUGUUUUUUGCUAGAAAUUUUAGACAAAGAAAAUCAUUUCAAUGACAAGGCAAUAAGCUCUAGUUUUGAAGCUAUCGGAAAUGAAGCAUUAUUGGACUUUCUUAAGGAAGGUGAUGGUGCUCAUAUACUGGAGAAAUAAAACCAAACAAAAACAUUAAGUGAUGC